GAGCAAGUGUGACGGCCCAGACCUGAGGUCCCUCCUCCAGCUAUUGAAAUGCCCAAACAAAUUCAGGAAGCCCCAAUCCCAACACUCGGGGGGCAAGGGAAUCGGCCUCAUUCCAAUAUUCAACAACAGAAUUUUUUCAUUGGUGAAGGGCAAAGACAACAUGAACCAAUGGAGGCUGCUACUUCUGUUGCAAACCAUGGCCAUCAACCUCAGUACAGGUAUAUUUCGCCAGGUAGGAUGGAAAAUGUGGGUCCUCAUCAUCAACCCCAUCCAAGGGACUUUUUCCAACCACAAGUUUCACCAGCCCAAUCGGUACAGUGUGGUCUGCAAAAUCAAUCAACUCAACUAUGCAAUAGAGGUCAGUUAAUAGAUCUAGUACAGGAGACUUAUGAACCAGCCUUGAGGCCAUUGGAAAAAGUUGAUAAGGGCAUCCUGAAGUUUCCAAACAAGGUGAAGGAAACCAUGGGAGUAGAUGCAAAUCCUUUUUCAGUUGUGUUUGUUGGCAUGAAAGUUGCAAACUUGAGGAGUGUUGCCAGAAAUUAUAGUCUGCCUUAUGCUCAAAGGCACCUUGCUGCUGAAGACUUGAGGUGGGUUAUUGAGGCGCAAAAAUCCAAACAUAGCAAGAGUGUCAGGUCAGACCAGCAGAGGCUCGGGGGCCAAGGAAGGAUGAUUGUGACUAGGAACUUUAGCCCAGAAGGUGCCAGACGUUACUCAGUUGUUUUCCAAGCCAAGAAGGAGGAGGAACCAAUCGUCUAUGAGUUCCCAGAACAGACAGAAGAAGAGGCAAUCAUUGUUCCAGCCCAAGAUGAUGAAGAGGAGGACAUGGCUGACAAAAUAGUGUUUGAAAAACCAGAAGAAAAGAUGGCCAAUCAUGUUAGGCCACUUUAUAUCAAUGCUCACAUGAAUGGGACUCCAAUCAAUCGUGUCUUGGUGGAUAAUGGAGCUGCAGUCAAUGUCCUUCCAACUUGCAUGCUCUACAAAAUAGGCAAGUCUCUUGAUGAUUUAGUGCAUACUAAGGUUAUAAUUAGUGAUUUUACAAAAAGGGGCGAGGAGGCAGACCAGGGUGAUAAAAUAACUUUGGAGGAGCUGGAUCUUGCCCCAGUCAAGUUGGAUGAUUUAAAAGCUGAAGUUCAAGACCCACUGAAGGAGAUCAAUCUAGGGUCUGAAAGUGAGCCAAAGGUAACAUUUAUCAGCGGCUCUCUUGAGCCACGUCUAGAUCAGAAAUUGGUGGAACAUAAACUGCCAAUUGCAGAAGGAUUCAGAUCGUAUGAACAGCCGCCCAGACGCAUGUCUGCAGAGGUCAACUUAAAGGUGAAAGAAGAAAUUGAGCGGCUGAAUGCUGGAGCUACCUAUCAAAGAGCCAUGAAUGCAAUUUUUCAUGAUAUGAUUGGUAAGUUCAUGGAAAUCUACAUUGAUGAUGUUGUGGUGAAGUCACAUGGGGAUGAAGACCACCUAGUCCAUUUGAGGAAGUCUUUUGAGAGGAUGAGGCAGCAUGGCUUGAAAAUGAACCCACUAAAGUGUGCCUUUGGAGUGUUUGCAGGUAACUUCCUUGGGUACUUGGUGCAUGAGCGCGGUCUGGAGGUUGACAGGAACAAAGCCAGGGUUGUGAUUGAGGCAAAACCACCACAUAACAAGAAGGAGUUGCAGAGAUUUCUUGGCCAAGUUAAUUUACUAAGACGUUUCAUUUCUAACUUAGUUGGGAAAACCAGAGUCUUUUCUCCUCUGUUGAAUUUCAAGUUUGAGGCAGAUUUUAAGUGGGAAGAACAACACCAGUCUACCUUUGAUAUGAUAAAGCAUACAGAAACCAUGUCUGGAGUUGGAGUCGAGGUUAUCUCCCCGUCUGGGCUAAAAACACAGAUGUCUCUCCAGCUGAAUUUCAAUUGUACAAAUAAUCAAGCAGAAUAUGAAGCUUUGAUUAUUGGUCUUGAGAUGUUGGUGGAGCUUAAAGUAUCCAUGGUUAAGUUUGAUGAUGUGUCCAUCAGACACGUGCCUAGAGACCAGAACUAUGAAGCUAAUGAAAUGGCCCAAAUUGCUUCAGGUCUGCGAAUUCCUGAAGGUUACCUUAAGGAUCAGGGCACAAAGGUAUCUAGGAAAACCAAAAUGCAAGCUCUCAAUUAUGUCUUGAUUAAGGAUAUGCUUUAUAGGAGAGGCCAUGAUGAACUACUGCUGCGUUGUCUGGGUCCAGAUGAAAGUUUCCAGAUGUUUUCUGAUGUCCAUGAUGGGAUUUGUGGUGCACACCAGGCUAGGAUCAAGAUGCGCUGGCUGAUUCACAGAUAUGGUUUCUUUUGGCUGUUUGUCCUAAAAGAUUGUAUUGCUUAUGCUAAGGGCUGCAAAUCUUGUCAGAUCCAUAGGCCACUUCAAAAAGUUCUAGCCUCUGAACUUAAUUCUAUUGUGAAACUGUGCCCAUUUCGAGGUUGGGCUAUUGAUUUGAUUGAUAAGGUGUACCUUCCUUCAUCAACAGACAUUAUUCACAGAUUUGGUCUACCAGAAACAAUUACAACAGACCAAGGCACAGUUUUUGUCAACUAUCAAGUGGAGGCAUUUGCAAAUGAAAUGGGUUUCCGUCUGUUGAAUUCUACUUCACAUUAUGCGCAAGCUAAUGGACAAGCUGAGGCUUCUAACAAGGUGGUGAUUAAUUUGCUUGAAAAAAUGGUGGAUGAAAACCCUAGACGCUGGCAUGAACUGUUGUCUGAAACACCAUGGGCUUAUAGAACUUCACAAAGGAGUUCAACCAAGAUAACACCUUUUGCCUUGACAUAUGGCCAUGAUGCAGUCUUGCCAAUGGAGUUAACAGCCAGGUCUUUAAGAAUAGCGAUUCAGCAUAAUCUCCAGUCUGGGGAAUACGAUGAGGCCAUGAUGCUUGAGCUUGAGGACCUUAAAGACACACGUUUGGCAGCUUUGAAUAGAUUGCAAGCUCAAAAGCUCAAAAUUGCAAAACCUUACAACAAGAGAGUGAAAUGUAAAAAUCUAGCAGUUGGUGACUUAGGCCUCGUUUGGCAUAGCGGUUUUGGGAUAGCGGUUAGCGGUUUUACCUAAACCGCUAAAUAUAGGUGUUUGGUAAAU